AGGAUUGCAUAGGUUGCUAGUUUCCAACUUUGUAAUUAUGGGUUAGAAUAAAAUUAAGCCAGUCGAAGCGACAUCAUGCUACUGUUACAAAGCUAUAAGCUGUUUACUUUAAUGCUGGUGACCAUUAGAUGGUUUAUGACCAUAUAUACCUGAUAUAAUGUAAUUUAGAAAAUGCUUCUAGGAUGAGAGACAGAAAGGGUAAGAAAAAAAUAUUAUGUAUUAUAAUAAUCUAUUCAAUGUUACGAGCUUUGAUACAUAUUGUAAGUAUGGUCUUUUUUAUCUCCAUUUGAGACCAAUUUAAAUGGUAGAAUUAAGGUAAGGUAAAACCGGAGAAUGAACUAAGUCGCUUACAUAAAUAUUAAAUGGCCCACGUUUUGAUCAAAUAAAUAGUUCGAGAGUAUGAAAUUUUGUUUCUGCCAGUCAAGUUCCAAUUGCGGUUCAAAAUGGGCCCUAAAUUUUUAGAAAGUCUUGAAGAUCCAUCACAUCUUUUACUCGGACCAACACUUCUUGGUCUCCAAUAUUGGGGACUGUGGCAAAAAGAUCGAAUCAAGAAUGUGAUUUACAAUAUAAUACACAUAUUAGCAUUCAUUUUCGUGAUCUCUCAAUAUUUGGAACUAUGGUUAAUCAGACAAAAUCUUGAAUUGGCUAUGAGAAACCUUUCUGUAUCAAUGUUGAGCACAGUUUGCGUGUUCAAGGCAGGGACCUUCGUUUUCUGGCAGAAAUCCUGGAAGGAACUCAUCGAAUACGUGUCCAAUUUGGAAAAAAAUCAACUCUCCAAAAACGACAAGACCACGGCUAAAAUCAUAGAUACUUAUACGAAAUAUUCUAGAAUAGUUACGUACUGCUAUUGGUGCUUGGUUACCGCUACUGUUUUUACCGUUAUUCUGGCACCAUUAUUUGUUUUCCUCUCAUCACCAGUCUACAGAGAGAGCAUUAGCAAUGGAACCCAACCAUAUCCAGAGAUCAUGAGUUCUUGGUUCCCUUUUGACAGAUCAAGAGGCUUAGGCUACUGGCUGUCUGUUGUAUGUCAUACGUUGAUUUGUUUUUAUGGAGGUGGAGUUGUUGCAAGUUUCGACUCUAACGCCGUAGUUAUAAUGACGUUUUUUGCUGGACAGUUGAAGCUUCUGUCCAUGAAUUGUUCGCGUCUGUUUGGCGAUGGUAAUGAGGUAGUUAAUUACAAAGAUGCUGUGAAGAGGAUUGAAGAAUGCCAUUAUCAUCAUCUCUACUUGGUGAAAUAUUCUACAGUCCUGAAUUCCUUGCUUUCUCCAGUUAUGUUUUUAUACGUCAUUAUUUGCUCCCUAAUGAUUUGUGCCAGUGCAGUUCAACUGACUACGGACGGCACUGGAAAUAUGCAGCGUAUUUGGAUUGCGGAAUAUCUCAUGGCUCUUAUAGCUCAACUAUUUCUUUAUUGCUGGCAUGGGAAUGAAGUAUCGUAUAUGAGUUACAAAGUCGAUGGUGGCCUGUACUCUAGUGCUUGGUGGUCACAAAAUGUGCGCAUACGCCGAAGUCUGCUCCUCUUGGGAGGACAACUGCGCAGAACUAUUACGUUCACAGCUGGACCCUUCACUAUGCUCAACGUGGCUACGUUUGUCACUGUAAGUGUAAUAAUAAUGAUGAUAUCAACUCAGGCCACAGCGACUAUUUUACUCUUAGGGUCUAAACAGACGGACCGCAUUUCAAAUGCAAUCCAACUGCCAAUUUGCAUUUCGGAUUCAGUUUGAAUGCAGUUGACACGACUG